AGUACAAGUUUAGCAACUACAGUUUUAGGAAGUUUGAGCUUUCACUAGAAAGACUAGAAGCUUCCCCAAAUUUAUUUGUGAUAUUAUUUAAGUGUUAUAUAUUUAUAUAUUCUAUCAUGGAAAUUUUACCUGCGUCUCAUCACUCUCUGGAAUACCAAAAACCAAACAAAUGGUAUUUUGAUCAAAGACUUCAGUUCGUGGAACCGACAGCAAAUUCGGAGGAAUUCCUCUCGAAGAAAUUGGAGGAAGAAAUCAGGGCGGCCAAGAGGACGCAUCUCUCCUGUGGAGAGGUCCUUUUGCCCUGCGGGCUGCUCCAGAAAAUCUCCAAAGAUAUUGUGAAGAUGUCAGAUUCUGAACUUUGCGGUGUACGCGGUAUGACUCUAUACCUUCUCUUCGAAGGCGAGGAAGACUGCAGAAGGCUUAGCACUGUAAAAUUGGACCCAACAACUCCUUCCACUUUCGAAAUAUAUCUUACUUUCAAACAAGCCAACGCUGGAUGGGGAUUUCUGCCACAAUUCUUAAAAAAAAUGACAAGAGGUGGCACAGUAAUCAUAAGUACUGAAUACGAAUUAACGAAGAAGAAGCUGUACCGGUCUUUUUGCGAAUAAAAAGGUUUGGUGAAGAGAGGGAAACGAUGAACGACUGAGAUAAAUACGAUUUUAAAACAAAAAAGCGAGUUAUUUUCUAUAUUUUUUAUAGUAUGUAAAAAAUGAAAUCAAGAAGCAAAGCGUGAUCUAGAUUUAGUUUGUAGUUUUAUAUAUUUUAACAGUAUUUCUACGUCCCACGGGACAAUCCGAUCGAUGGUCCAAUGACCUUUUUAUUGUUUUUUAUUAUUGAGGAUUCCCUGAGGAGUCUGUGAUUUUUGAUUAAGUGAUAUGUAUUAUAAUAAUGCAUUAAUUGAUAUAAAAUGUACCUGUGUACUUAAAAAUGUUUCAAGUAUAUGAAAAAAUUUAUUUUGUUUUUGUGAUAAUAAUUUAGUCUGUAGAGUGUUUUUCGUGAAAGUAAUAAUUAUGAAUUAUAAAACAUGUAUGUUCGUACAAAUUAUUCGAAACAAUAUGAAACUAUGCAUGGAUGAUUAUAUAUUUAUAAGAGGCUAUAAGUAAGAUAUUUUAUAUAAGUUUUUAUAAUUAUUGAGUAGUUUUAGUAUUUAGCUACUUUUGUGAUAAAGUACAUGAUCUGUACAACAUUUCACAUGUUUUGUACUACCAACAGUGAUUAAUAAAAACAUUUUUUUUAA